UUCAUCGUAUGUGACACUACUUCCUUUCCAAACAAAAUUAGACUUCAUAAAUGCUUGACGUGGAAGCAGAAUCAAACUAUUUUUUUAUCCAUUAAAAUAAAAACAGAGAAUCAAACGGUUCAGAUUCACUUUAUUUUUCUUCUGAAUUCCAAUUUGUUCUUCAAAAUCAAAAUAUGUUGGGGAAAAGGGGCCGUCCACCGAUGAGGAGAACGACGAGCAUGACAGGGAUCACCGUUGAUGUAGGUACUGGAACUGAAUCGGAGCCGUCUGAUUGUAAUAAGCCUAAAAUUACGGUGGAUGAGAUUAAGAGUUCGUCGGUAAUCAUGGGUGGAUAUAGUUCUGUGCCGGCGAUGGUGUCACCGAGAUACCAACGGAGAAUCUCCGGCGAAGGUUUUGAAAGAGAAAGGGCUAAUUUUCUGAGAAUUUGUGGCCGUUGUAACCGCCGAUUGAUUAAUGGACGAGAUAUCUACAUGUACAGGGGUGAUGCAGCAUUUUGUAGUAUAGAGUGUAGAGAAGAACAAAUGAAGCAAGAUGAAAGAAAUGACAAGUCUAAAAUUAAGCCAGAAAAUCAUCACAAUCACUCUGAAUUUCAUUCUGCUAAAUCUGAUACUUCCAGCAACAAUGACACCAUUGCCGCAGCUUGAAGAAGAUCAUAUGGUAAAUGAAAGAGAAUAGGCGUUUUAGUAAAAUUUUAAAGUAUGUAUUGCUAUUUUACACAAACUUACUCUAAGUUCAAAUGCUACGUUCUAAGAUUCAAUCCCUCCUUGUGUUGUUUUUUUU